UUUUUUAUUUAUUUUUUAAUAAAAAAAAACAAAUCAUAUCACCUUUUAAAAAAAUGACUACUGUAUCUCCUAUGGACACUGCACCUCUUCCACCUUCUGAACCAAUUACAUCGCCUGGAACAGGUAUUGCUAAUUUACCUAAUCAGCGUCAUAAGAUUGUUGCCAAGAAUGGAGCCAAUUUUACCUUGAUGGUCUGCGGUGAAUCGGGUGUGGGCAAGACAACAUUUGUCAAUACAUUGUUCACUUCUACCAUCAAGGAGCCCAAGAAUUUAAACAAGCGACGUACCAAGGCACCUUCCAAGACGGUACAGAUCCAAAUCACUCGAGCCGAAUUGGAGGAGAAAAUGUUCAAGGUCAAACUGACAAUUAUUGAUACCCCUGGCUUUGGUGAUUAUGUAAAUAAUCGUCAUGGUUGGAUUCCCAUUGUGGAUUUCUUGGAUGACCAACACGAAAAUUACAUGAGACAAGAACAACAACCUUGUCGUAAAGGCGUUGUUGAUAUGAGAGUUCAUGUCUGUCUGUACUUUGUAAAACCUACCGGUCAUACCUUGUCGCCUUUAGACGUUGAGGUGAUGAAGCGACUUGGUUCUCGUGUAAACUUGAUUCCAGUCAUUGCUAAAGCAGAUACGCUUACACCCUCUGAUUUAGCUAAAUUCAAGCAAAAUAUUCGAGAUGUGAUUUCAGCUCAAAAUAUUCAAUGUUACUCUUCUCCUAUUGAAAGUGAUGAUGAGACGACAACAAAACGUAAUGUGAAUAUCAUGGCUGCUAUGCCAUUUUCGGUGAUUGGUUCUACGCAAGAUGUGAUUACUGCUGAUGGACGUAAAGUGAAAGGUCGCGAGUAUUCCUGGGGUGUUGCUGAAGUGGAGAACGAUGAUCAUUGUGAUUUUAAAAAAUUACGUAGUUUAUUGAUCCGUACCCAUAUGCUUGAUUUAAUCACGACGACAGAAGAAAAUCAUUAUGAAAAUUAUCGUCAAAUUCAAAUGGAGACACGCAAAUUUGGUGACCCUCGUGCCGAAAAGGAUGAAAAUGCUAAAUUUGCAGAGGAAGAAGAAAUGUUGCGUAAGAAUUUCACAGAAAAGGUCAAGUCGGAGGAAACUCGGUUCCGUCAAUGGGAACAACAAUUGUUAUCCGAAAGAGAUCGUCUUCAUAAAGAAUUGGAAAGUCAAAGUGAGAAAGUCAAGGAACUACAAUUCGAAGUUGAAUCUUAUUAUAAUCAACGUGAUUCUCCAAGAAACAUUAGAAAAUAAGUUUUUUUUUUUUUAAAACCCCUACACCCAAAUAAAG